CGGCAAGCAACAGGUUACAGGCUGCUUAAGCUUUCACGUAAUGUUUAUAAAACUAGUCAGCGUGAAGCGCUGUGCAGUUGGUGAACGAAGUCGAAGCUAAGUUGAAAACGUUUGGUCAUGUCGUUAGUUUGAGUAAUUACGGUUUAAAUUUUAGGAAGAGCUUCAAGAAAGUCGCUGACAGCGUCUUCAACGACCACACAAGGAGAAAAGUUUGCUAAAGUUAGCCGCGAAGCUAAAAACAACCAGCAGCGUUAGCUCAAUACAGCUGUAACUAGCAGCAUCCUCAAAGUUAGCUGCGUUUUUAUAGAUGCUGUAUCGUAUGAAUUAAGAUAAAUAUGAAUUGGUGAUUAAAAAUGUGAGACCAUGGUGGUCCUAAGAGAAGGUAUGUGUCCUGGACUGGAUGCAGGUUUACUUCGGGACCUGCGUGCUGCUGAUGUUAAAACAGUGGAGGACCUAGUCUCAUCAGACACGGAGGAACUUGCUCGGAAAUGCUCUGUGUCCUACAAGGCUCUGCUUGCCAUCCGCCGAGUGCUGCUGGCCCAACACACAGCGUUUCCCGUGUCAGGUGCUGAUCUGUAUGAGGAACUACUGAGCUCGACAGCCAUCCUCUCCACUGGAAAUCCCAGCUUAGAUAAACUGCUGGAUUCUGGCUUGUAUACUGGAGAGAUAACGGAGCUGUCAGGAGGCCCAGGAAGUGGCAAAUCUCAGGUGUGCUUUGGGGUUGCGGUGCACAUUUCUUACCAGCUGAAACAGAGUGUGGUUUAUAUCGACACAACAGGAGGGCUGACUGCCGGCCGCCUGCUCGAAAUGCUGCAGACUGAAACAAGCAACACAGAAGAGCAGAUGGCAGCUCUACAGAGGAUCCAAAUCUUCCGUUUGUUUGACGUCUACUCUUUGCUCGACUGUCUGUACGGCCUUCGCAGUGGCGGCCUUCAGCAGGCGUCUGUUGGCGGCGGCUCUGUCAAGGCGGUGAUCGUGGACUCGGUGUCUGCCGUUAUCUCUCCGCUACUGGGAGGCAAACACAAUGAAGGCAUGUCCUUGAUGAUACAAGUGGCAGGAGUUCUUAAGACGAUGGCAAAGGACUUCAACGUUGCUGCUUUGGUAACAAACCAUGUAACGAGAAGUGGCAGCGGGGAAGUGCAGCCGGGCCUCGGCGCUUCGUGGAGUCACAUCCCCAGAACCAGGAUCCUGCUGGAGCGAGCAGAGCCGUCCGCUGCUGUCAGCCCGUCCGGUUUGCGCUCUGCUACGCUGAUCAAGUCUUCCAGACAGCCCUGUCACAUCAAAGCAGAAUUUGACUUGCGGUGGUGGAGUCGCUCCGAAGAAGAGUCCUCGAGAAAGAGGAAGCUGGAUGAGACAGAUUCCUGACGAGAGCGACGGUAAUCCUCCGCAGAAGUCAGGGAGCUACGAGGCGCCUCUUGCGGAUACAUUCCCAGAUCCAGCUGGGUGACACUCUCUGGGCCUGACUGUCCUCGUCGGGUUUGGCCAGCGUGUGCGUGGCCGAGGCGGCGUCGUAGUCCGGAACGAGGUCCCCGUCGUACGCCACAAAGUACCGCCUCAGUUUGUCAAAGUCCUGCACCGAGGCGGGCAGGAAGAGCUUCACUCCGCUGAAGAUGUCCAGCAGCGUCUGCAGGGGAAACAAAAGGAAGGUCAGGAGAGGAGACGCUCUCAAGAGUUCCGAAUCACAGCGAAGUGCUCUGGUUUUAAGUACUGUUCAGACUGCAUAACAGUCACAGGAGGAAAUAUCCUGUGAUGAUGAGAAAACACUAAACUGGACACAUCUUUGUAGAGUUUUGACAAAUUCUCUGAAAUAUCUAAUUAAUAAUGUAUCCUGUCAAAUGUUUAGAUUAAAAUAGAGCUGUAAACUACAA